GAGGGAUUUGUAUUCAAGGAACGCGAAAACGCACGGGAAUCUCGUUGUCGAAGGCUGGGCAAAUAGCUGGAAUUCCGCUUCCGUUUCAUGGGAAAAAAUCAGAUUGGCGAACAUUAGUUGUGGAAUAACACUUUUUUUGCCUGGUGGCGAAGUAUUUUUAAGUAUAAGUUCCAUGGCGUCUUCUCCCCAAAAAUCUCCCUCCUCGCCAAAGUCACCGACGACACCCAAAUCACCAUCGUCAAGAAAGAAAGAUGACUCGUUUUUGGGAAAACUUGGAGGAACUUUGGCAAGAAGAAAAAAAGCAAAGGAAGUGUCUGAGCUCCAGGAGGAGGGGAUGAAUGCCAUCAACCUUCCCCUGAGCCCCACCCCCUACGAGGUGCAUCCCGAGGACACCUUACUGGAGGAGAAUGAGGUCCGCACCAUGGUGGACCCCAACUCCAAGAACGACCGCAAGCUCCAAGAGUUGAUGAAGGUGCUCAUUGAUUGGAUUAAUGAUGUGCUGGUCGGGGAGAGGAUUAUUGUCAAGGACUUGGCUGAGGACCUGUACGACGGGCAAGUUCUUCAGAAGCUCUUUGAAAAACUGGAAGGGGAAAAGCUGAACGUGGCGGAGGUCACCCAGUCGGAGAUUGCUCAGAAACAGAAGCUGCAGACAGUGCUGGAGAGGAUCAAUGAUGCUUUGAAGGUGUCCACCAGACGCAUUAAGUGGAACGUCGAUUCUGUUCAUGCUAAGAGCAUUGUAGCCAUUCUUCAUCUCCUGGUGGCUCUUUCCCAGCACUUCAGAGCUCCCAUACGGCUGCCUGACCACGUCUCCAUUCAAGUUGUCAUCGUCCAGAAACGUGAGGGUAUUCUUCAGUCUCGUCAAGUUCAAGAGGAGAUCACUGGAAAUACUGAGGCCCUGUCCGGAAGGCACGAGCGCGAUGCCUUUGACACGCUGUUUGACCACGCGCCCGACAAGCUCAACGUUGUCAAGAAGACUCUCAUUACCUUUGUUAACAAGCACUUGAAUAAGCUGAACCUGGAGGUGACCGAGUUGGAGACACAGUUUGCAGAUGGAGUGUAUCUUGUGCUUCUGAUGGGGCUUCUUGAAGGCUAUUUCGUCCCACUGUACAAUUUCUUCCUCACUCCUGAAAACUUCGAUCAGAAGGUGCACAAUGUGUCGUUCUCCUUCGAGCUGAUGCAAGACGGUGGCCUUGAGAGGCCAAAGCCCAGGCCUGAGGAUAUUGUGAAUUGUGACCUGAAGUCGACACUGCGGGUGUUGUACAACCUCUUCACCAGAUACAGACAUGUUGAGUGAAUACUACUAGUUGCUUGGGAGAUAUCUUUUAUUUUUAUUCUGACCAGACCAUGUUUUCUUUCUGUGUCCUUUCUGUUAUUGUUGUGUGUUUUGGUGAAAUCUUGCAUGGAUGAGGGAUGGUGGACCUUAAGUGCAGGGUGUAAUUCAAACCGUGUUGAGUGGAUUCCCCCCUGAUAUGUGGAGCCCAUUAUGCCGACACAUAUUUAUCUUCUUUUUAGUGUGCAGUCCUUUUAAUAAUGUAGUGUGUAUUAAUAUAAGCAGCAAUACAGCAAGCUAGCAGCUCUGGCAGCAGUACUCCACUACUAGCCUCGCGAGCCAUCCUACGUACUUCCGCCAAAGGAUUGGCUCCACUACUGUAGUCUGGCCGUGCUUCUCUGUGGAGUGCCUGGAGCAGUAGAAUUUUGAUUGCAACGCCCCCCCAGAAAACAGCCAAUAAUCGAAUACGCCCCCCACGUGGGGGCGAAAGGGGGAGGACGCUCGUGACAAUGACAUACACAUCUGCGCCAGAGCCAUUGGUCUGCGCUAUGUUGUUGUUGAGUAACUGCCAGCGAUUGGGUGAGAGGUGUCCAAUAAUUUCAAACCAUAACUGAGUGCAUUCCUGCUUCCUACAAUCGCUUCAGAGCAAACAAAUGCCAGACCAUAAAUACGAAAUGAAAUGGUAGUAUUAUGGGAUGGUCAGGACCAGGCUACUCCACUACUGCUGGGAGAAGUUUGCCUCUUUCAAACUCUUCAAUCGCAUUCCUCAAAAGGAAAGGUGGGAAAAAAAUGUGAGACUGAUAUCAAGACUGAUGUGUUGGUCGUAUUAUUUUUGUAUCACACUGUAUUUGUAUCAUCACUGUUAUUUUUCUGUAAAUAUACAUUUUUCAUAUGCAACACCAGGCAGGUAGCCAUGUCCUAGUCAGUGGUGUGACCUGUCUAGGUGAAUCCUAACACUAUCUUAAUUUAAUGUGCCCACAAAUGCAUGUGCCAAGCUCAAUUCCACAUCUGUUUGACUUCUUUGACACCCAGUUUUUAUAAAACUUAAAACAAUUGUCACAUGGUAUAUGAACCAAUUUACAGUUUUGAAAAUGUGUUUUUUUCCAUGAUUGAUCAAAAUGAAAUGUAUUGAUAAUUUAGUAAAAGUGAAAACAAAUAUUUUGGUUUGAAACAAAUUAUGUAUGGAAAGAAUAAUGAACUAUGUGUGUGACUGCUUUAAAUGUUUCACCGUUGCAUGCAUAAGGCUUUAGAGUUUCAUGCGACAUCAACCUUGUGAUUCAAGUGCCUUUGUUUAUUCAUCCUGUAUUUUUUACCAGCGGAAAAUGACCUAUAUAUUGCCUCUUCAGUAUACCAAAUGGAUGUUUGAGCAGAAAGACAAUAAAUUAUAUAAAAUGAAAUGGUCUUCUU